AUGGUCCGAAUAUCUCUUGCCCGUCGCCAUCUGAGCUCCAAAAGCGGCAUUACUCCUCCCUCUGCCGAUCUCAGUCCUGGCCUCGCUCCCUCAAGGCCCGAUACCAAACCGUUGUUUCUCAAGGCAACUGUUAUAUCCGGAAGGAACCUAGCACCUAAGGAUAGGAAUGGGUUGAGUGACCCUUACUUAGUUGUAAGCUUGGGCGAAGCCCGACAGUCAACCCCUACGAUAAGCAAAACAUUGAAUCCAGAAUGGAACGUCUCCUUCGACUUACCAAUCCUCGGUGUGCCGCUCCUCGAGUGCAUAUGUUGGGAUAAAGAUAGAUUUGGCAAAGACUACAUGGGGGAAUUUUAUAUACCCCUGGAGGAUAUCUUUUCUGCUGGAACUAUCCAACCACAGCCACAAUGGUACACGUUGCAUUCUGGGCGGAAAGCGGGCAAGAAGAGGAGUGAUGUGUCUGGUGAAAUCCAGAUGCAAUUUGCUCUCUUUGACCCUUCGGAUCCAUCUGCUCAGCCAGCGGAGAUCUUUCAGAAAUUCAAAGCCAUCGUAUCUAGCGAUGAUGAGGAUGAGAUUGGCCCUGCUGUUUCCCCCGAUACGGACGAUCUCGAGAAGGAAGAUGAGACAUCUGAUGGAACUGAUGACCCCACGAAGACAGACGUCGUUGAGAAGCGCCGUCGCAAGCUUCGGAUUGCUCGUCUGAAGCGCAAAUCUAUGGCUGCCAGAGCAUAUCAGUUUUCUGGCUCCAAAGACGGUGUCUCUGGGAUUGUGUUUAUGGAAAUAGUGAAAAUAUUGGAUUUGCCUCCAGAGAGAAAUAUGACACGCACGUCUUUCGACAUGGAUCCCUUCGUAGUUACAUCGUUGGGCAAGAAAACGCUCAGAACCCGUGUUAUACGCCAUAAUCUAAACCCUGUUUUCGACGAGAAGAUGGUCUUCCAAGUUAUGAAACAUGAGCAGUCGUAUUGUAUUUACUUUACAGUUAUUGACAGAGACAAACUGUCUGGGAACGAUUUCGUCGCAUCGGCCAGUUUCCCCUUACAAACACUUGCAUUGGCGGCACCAAUUGCAGACCCAGAGACGGGGCUAUACAAGUUGCCCGGACCCCCAUCGGAACCAUCCCCUACACCUCCUCUUUCUAAAUCACGAUUCCGUCUCAAUUUAUCUCGUUCUUCGUCGACUACAAGUCUGACGAAGCCCACAAAACCACCACUAAGGUCUAAAAGCUCAACAACUUCGUUGUCAAGCCAGUCUGGCCAGGACCAACAAGGCACCUCCCCUCCCAACAUCGCGUGUGAGACUUCGUCCCAGCUAAACUUACCGGCAUCGGGGAAUAUGGUAGAAGAACCCAAAGUGCCUGCCGAUGAAUAUGGUCUCAAGACCUACAUUAUCCCGCUUGCUAUGAAAUACAAGGAGCGCUGGGAGGACAAGCAUUUCCCAGAGCUUCAUGUGAAAGCGAAAUACAUGCCGUAUCCGGCAUUGCGCCAACAGUUUUGGAGAGCAAUGCUUAAGCAAUACGAUGCUGAUGAUAGCGGGCGCAUUAGCAAAGUUGAACUGACGACAAUGCUUGAUACUCUGGGUUCGACGCUUAAAGAGUCUACUAUUGACGGUUUUUUCAAGCGACUUGCAGAGGAAAAUGAACCCAGUGAAAGUGCCGACCUCACAUUUGAUCAAGCUGUUAUCUGCUUGGAAGAUACGCUCCAGUCUCUGCAGAAAAAGUCAUUGAGGGACAUUCCUCGUCAUGCACCCAAAGAGACCCCGGAAAGUGAGAAUCAAUCCAGUAGUGAGGACAACAUGCCUGAAAUUAGCCUUACGCGGUCUCCGAAUACUGGGCUUGAGCGACCAGCUGUACCAACUAUAUCCUGUGAUGUACCAAGCUCUUCUGGGGAUAGCGAUGAUAACCUCCACCCUGAUGAUCUUGGAGAGGAUGGAGGAGAGGAACAUGUAGUCGAAAUUCGAGAAUGUCCAAUUUGCCAUCAGCCAAGACUGGGAAAACGAUCAGACGCCGAUAUAAUAACCCACAUUGCUACUUGUAUGAGCCAGGAUUGGAGACAGGUUGAUAAUCUGGUUAUGGGCGGUUUUGUAACUUCUAGUCAGGCCCAACGGAAAUGGUAUUCGAAAGUUAUUACGAAGAUAUCCUAUGGCGGGUAUAAACUAGGUGCAAACUCUGCCAACAUCCUGGUCCAGGAUAGGAUUACGGGGCAGAUCAACGAGGAACGGAUGAGUGUUUAUGUUAGACUUGGGAUUCGACUUCUGUACAAAGGGUUAAAGAGUAGGGAAAUGGAGAAAAAACGAAUUCGGAAAAUGCUCAAGUCAUUGAGUAUCAAGCAAGGAAAGAAGUAUGAUGACCCUGCCUCCGCAGCUCAGAUCGUACCUUUCAUAAACUUUCACCGGCUCGAUAUGUCCGAAGUUCUCCUUCCUCUGAGCGAAUUCAAAUCGUUCAAUGAGUUCUUCUACCGCGCCCUCAAACCAGGUGCACGCCCUUGCUCUGCGCCAAACAAUCCUAAAAUCGCUGUAUCACCAGCUGAUUGUCGGACUGUUGUUUUCGACCGCAUCGACGAAGCUACCAAGAUUUGGGUUAAGGGAAGGGAGUUCUCCGUAGAACGACUCCUGGGCAAAGCUUACCCGGAGGACGCGAGGCGGUACAAGAACGGUGCCCUGGGGAUUUUCAGAUUGGCGCCACAGGACUACCACCGCUUCCACAUUCCCGUCGAUGGCGUGAUGGGGAUGCCAAAAACUAUCGAAGGUGAAUACUACACCGUGAACCCAAUGGCGAUCCGUUCCGCACUGGACGUGUACGGAGAAAACGUAAGGAUCGUCGUUCCCAUCGAUUCAGUUGAGCAUGGUCGUGUGAUGGUUGUUUGUGUCGGAGCGAUGAUGGUUGGAAGCACCGUUAUUACGCGGGAGGAAGGCGAGAAGGUGGCACGCGGGGAAGAGCUGGGCUAUUUCAAAUUCGGCGGUAGCACGUUGUUGCUGUUGUUUGAGCCAGGGAAGCUGUGUUUUGACUCAGACCUUGUGGGGAAUUCUUUGGGAGCACUUGAGACUUUGGUCCGCGUUGGCAUGUCCAUUGGCCACCACCCUGAUACACGACAGCACAGUCCUGAUAUGCGGAAGAAUGAGGAGAAUGUCACGGAGAAGGACCGGGCGGAGGCAAUGCGCAGAAUUGAAGGGAGCUUGAAUGCUCCAUCUGACGGAUAA